CACUAUAAAAGGCCUGUGGUAUGGAUUCUGGAAAUGCCUCGUUCGUUUCCAGAACCUGCGGGACUGUUGGGUGCUGCGGAGGAAGAAAACAACCUCUUCAGCGUCGAGAAUCAGGAAACGACGCGAAGAUUGUCCUUAAUACAGACAGGAGGUAUUUCCAAAUGUCGGCGUACGAGAACUUUGUCGGGGGAAGACUGAGGCUGAAGGGGAAACCCCUCCACGUUAAAGCAGAUGGCAUUUCCAAAAACAAGAAGAACAGACACAAACACCGUAUUGCCUUCCAUUCCCAAGGUGAAAAGACAGGGUUGUCAACAGAUCAGACUGAGGAGGUUAUCUAUGAGACUGAACAAGAUGGCAGCGAAGCUCAUGCUUUUGAGGAUCAUCUUACGCCAGCUGAAAGAAAAUUCCUGGAGCAGACGCACAAACUUGAGCUUCAAAGACUGGCAAAGAUGGCGAGCAAAUCACACCGUGAUCGCAUUCAGGAAUUUAACCAGUAUUUGGCUAAUCUAACUGAGCAUUAUGACAUUCCCAAAGUCGGCCCCGGUUAAUUUUCAUCAUCUGUCUUGUUUUCAGUUGAUUAAUUGAACUGACCUGGAUUUCAGAGUUCAAAAGGUGCAGUAUUGUUUGUUCUGAAAAAUAUGCAAGAUAUAUUUGAGUUAUUCUGCUCAGUAAAUCAACUGUCUGGAAAAACUUCGGAUUCUAGAACUUUUCCAGUUUGUUGGACUUCCUCUGUGUUUGUGAAA